AUGUCUCGAGCAUCGUCAACGUCAGCUCCUCAGCUGACUCCCCAAUUUUGUUUCAACGAGAGGUUGCUUAGAGAUUUUCUACGAAUUUCUAGAUCGACCAUUGAUGAUUCCAUCACGCAAAACCUCAAUGCCUUGUUCACCCCAGCUCGACAAGGAUUCGAUCCCUCUUCCACAGCUAUCCGACAAAUAGACGCCAGUGAAGGAAAGCAAAUCGAACCAGCUGCCUGCCAGAGCUUUAAGGAUAAGGUUUUGUUUCCAUCAUGGCAAGUCCGUUCGGAUGUGCUCAACUAUUGCGCCGGGGUGGCCACAAGUCCCGACCCGGAAGACCCGGAUCUCAUUCUGCAACAGACCGAAUCUGCGGAGGAUCGCGAGCAUAUUGUCGAUGAUCGUUUAGACCCAUAUGCGGCCCGGUUUUUGCCUCGAGAGGCACGGACUGAGUCGUUGGCCAACCUUGUCCGUACUCAACGGGGGGUCGAAGAAAUUAUACGCGCGCGCACAUGGGGUCUGGUAACGGAAAGGUGUGGUGGCCCGUCCGAGGGCUGGGAAGAGGCACUUAACAAAUGGCGUGAGAAUAAACAACGAGAGCAGGCGCCACCGUCGACAGAGGCUGCCAGGUUGCAUCUGCAGGCCGCUUCGGAUAAUAAUUUCGUCUGGUGCCGGGCAGCCCUCGAGGACGGCGGUCGGCAAGAACCUUCGAGUAAAAGCGAUCGUUUGAUCAUACUAUUUAAGCCGCUCGAACGGGUGAACCAGAGGAUUGGAUAG